UAAUAACGGUGCGGUUACUCAACAACUUAUAGAGCAAACGAAAUAUUUGAAAAAAAUUUUGAAUAAAAAAAAAUUUUAAGAAAUUAAAAAAGAUAUUUUUGAUAAAAGCUGUAGAAUAAAUGAAUUAUAGUAAAGGCGUAUUUAAAGCGGAAGCGGAUUUGAUGGAAGAAGAACAAGAUUAAGACAAGUUUCCUGUUUAAUUAUAGAAAGAAAGGGAGAGAGAGUUAAAGAAAAUCAAUCAACCUUUAAAGCAUUGAACAAUAAUAAAAACACAAUUAAAUUAUAGAGAGAGUGAGAGAGAGAAGCUUUAUUAACAACUUUUAAUUGAACGAGAAAGAGAGUGAACAAGUGUUGUAGAGAGUGUUAUACAGUGUGUGAUCAUUUUGUGCUGGUGAUAUAAGCAAGAGAGUGAGAGUAACAAAUGUGUAACGGUGAAUAUGUUAAAUGAUCUAAUACAUACACACACACAAACGUUAAGUUGAAAAGUUUAAAAAAAAAACUAACGGUUGUUGUUUAAAGUGUUGGUGAGCUGUGUGUAUGUGAAUGAAUUGUUGAAUUCUUUAUAGUUUUGUAUUUCAAUGUAUGGACCGAGCUGUGAGCGCAGUUUAUGACGAGCGGUGUUCAAAAUAUCAAGCAAAUAACGUUAAAGCGCGCUUACGCGAUCGUUUUGCGCUGGAAAUUUGUUUUUACACCUCUACAACAAAAACACAAGAAAAUUUCUUAUUGAAAAAAGAAUUAAAACGAAAUACCGUCGCUUGUUGAAAAAUAAAAAGUUUUAAAAUAAAAAUUUUUAAAAAAAAAAGUUAACAUUUUUGUUAAAAUAUAAAAAAAAAAUCAAUGAAAUUCCUUUAAGAAAUACAACAAAAACAAACUAAAAAACCUUUAACAAAGCUUACAAUACAACAACACACAAAAUGGAGGAUUAUUGGGGUUUAAGCAGCAGUACGGACAUAAAUUGCACACAGCCUGCUAUUGAUGAUUUUCCCCGGGAUUUAUUCACAGAGGGUCAAAGACAAGCGGGUGCUGUUGUACUUCAUGUUAUAGCCAGUUUAUAUUUAUUUGUAGCUUUAGCUGUAGUAUGUGAUGAAUAUUUUUGUGCCCGCCGUGGAAAAAUCUGUGCCGCCCUAAAUAUGUCCAAUGAUGUAGCGGGUGCUACAUUUAUGGCAGCAGCAACAUCGGCACCAGAACUUUUUGUAAAUGUGAUAGGUACCUUUAUCACAGAGGGUGAUAUCGGUGUGGGUACCAUAGUGGGUUCAGCGGUAUUUAAUAUUUUAGCUGUGGCAGCUUGUUGCGGUAUAGGAGCGGGAAUGACUAUACCACUGGAUUGGUGGCCUUUGACGCGUGACAGUAUAGCUUAUGGUUUUACGGUGGCCGUUUUAAUUUGUGUCAUGCAUGACGAACGUGUCGAAUGGUAUGAGGCCUUAAUUUUGGUCUCCCUAUAUGCUGUCUACUUGGCUGUCAUGUAUUUCGAUAAGUCGUUUCAGAAGUGUGCCAAAGGUGGAGUUAAGCAAGCUCGUUCACGCAGCCGUUCUUCAAACUGUAGCAUACAGACCAAGAACAGUAAUGAAAAAGAACCAGAUCUCGUGGAGAAUCGUAUAUGCCAUAAUUUAUCCACCAUUCAAUUGAAUGGUGGUGUCAAUAAUGAACCGCCAAAAAUACCACCUUCUGCUUCACCGCCUAUAGCCACCACUUGCCUAACUACCAACACCACCACCUCGAAUAUUACGACUACAACUUCAACGGCUGCCUCUAAUAAUUCGGGUUGUGUGAUCAAGGCUCCCAUAGCCCAUCAGGAAAAUACCGAUGUUGAGGCUGCCGCCAAUGCGUUACCAGCCGCUAUAGCUGAUGCCGCCAGUGCUGCUGAACCUGAAGAAGAGGAAGGCUAUUCCCUGCUUAAGUAUCCCUGGGGUAAAAGUUGUUUUGCCCAAUUCACUUGGAUCAUUAUAUGGCCCAUUCACUUGCUGUUCCGUAUUGCCAUACCGGAUUGCAAGAAAGCGAAAAAUAAUAAAAUAUUCCCUUUGACAUUUGUGAUGUGUAUUGUGUGGAUCGGAUCACUGUCAUACGUUGUGGCCUGGAUGAUAACUAUAAUUGGUGACACUUUAAAAAUUCCCGAUUCCGUUAUGGGUAUUACAUUCCUGGCUGCUGGCACCAGUGUACCCGAGGCAGUUUCCAGUGUUAUAGUGGCCAAAAGAGGUCACGGUUCAAUGGGUAUUUGUAAUUCCAUUGGUUCAAACACCUUCGAUAUUCUUCUAUGCUUGGGUGUACCAUGGCUCAUCAAAGCUGUCUUCUUUCCCAUACAACCCGGACAAAAUUAUGUUGGCAUCAAUUCAGCCGGUCUUGAAUAUUCCGCCAUAACCCUGCUCUCCACUCUCUUCCUGUUGUAUUUGACAUUUUCGUGUAAUAAAUUUAAAUUGGAUAAAAAAGUGGGCACCGCCUGUCUGGUCAUGUAUUUGGUAUUUUUGAUAUUUGCCUCACUAAUCGAAUUGAAUGUAUUCUUCCGGGUAAAUCUACCCACAUGUGGUAGAUCAUGAAUAAAGUAAAGCCGAGAAAUUUAAACAAAACUUUAAUAAUUUCUUUGCUUUCUUUUUUUAUUAUUUAAUACUAAGUAAGAAACCAAUUGAGAAAAAUAACCCUAAUUAAAUAAAUAUUUUAAAAAAAAAAUUAAAAUUUCGAACCAUUUUAUUGAAACUUGAUAAUAAAGUGACGUUUAAAGUCACUAAAAAUAAGACAACAGUUUGUCCAAAUAAUUAAUAUUUAGAAAUUGUAUUGAAACUCCUCCCGCAAAAAAUAAAUAAGCAAAACAAAACAAUUUAAAACAAUUAUUUCUUUAAGUGUAUUUUUUAGUAUUAUUUUUAUCGUUUCCUUAAUUUUUCUUCUUUUAUUACGCAAUUUAGUUUAUUGUUCUCUCUGUCUCUCCUUAUUCCUUUAGUUUAAAACAGUUUUUAAUUAAAAAUUGAAAAAUAAUUAAAAUUUCGAAAUAUUCAUUAUCAUUUGCAAGUAAUCAAAACUAUGAAAAUAUGUUUUUAAUUUAACAUUUAAUUGAUGUAUAAAAAAAAAAAAAUUGUAAAAGCUUUUCAAAGAAAAAAAAAAGAACUACAAAAACAAUAAUCAUAAACAAUUUUAAUUUAUUUUAUAAGAUUUGUAAUUUAAAUAUAAAAAAACCAACAAAUUUAAAUAAAAUGUUUU